AUUGAGAGAGAGAGAAGUUGAGACGGAGGAGGCAAGCAAGAGAUAGAGAGACACACAGAGAGGAGGCUAAUGGAUCAGUGACUCACUGAGUCGGAUUUUAGCGAUUCAUUGCCUCCAUUAAAGCCUCUCUCUGAGAUUUGCACGAUGCAAUGUCUUUCUCUCUCCUCCAUGUGCGUUUCUUCGGCCACGAAUGCUUAUGGAUUGACUGAAAAUCGUCUGGCGUUCCUUCAGAUUUUGGUUUCGGAAUGGAGUGACCUCGGAAAUUUUUGGAAUAAAUUGCUGUAACCAUUCUUGAAGCGAUUAUGUGAAGUAUCUUGAAUCAAGAUGUAUGUGGUGGAUAAAUGUUGCGGAGUUGUAAAAACCGAGAAAAAGAAGAUUUUCUAUCUUUUUCUCUCCGGUAUCAGCUAUAAACCAUGGCUUACCUGAUGUAGUGUCAGGAUAUAAUCUCCUUCUGCCUUGUUGAGCUCGUGUUGGUUUCAGGCUUUCAGCUAAAAAGAAGCGUUGGUCUGAAAGAUGGCAAUGGCAGUCUUUAAGUCUCCGCUUAAAGGCGAGUUCCAUGGGGCUAGAAAGAUGGAAGGGAAGCAGUAUAAGCAUCAUCUGCUUCAGCAGCAGUCUUCAGGAAGAAGACGUGUUUUCGUGCAAACCGAAACUGGCUGUGUUUUGGGAGUGGAGUUGGACCGUAACGACAAUGUUCAUACUGUGAAAAAAAGGCUUCAGAUUGCCUUUAACUUCCCCACCGAAGAAAGCUCCUUGACCUUUGGGGAUUUGGUGCUGAACAACGAUGACCUGAGUGCUGUGAGGAAUGAUUCUCCGCUUCUCCUAAAGCGUAACUUAAUGCACAGAAGCUCGUCUACUCCGUGUCUUUCACCUACUGGGAAUGAUCUGCAGAGAAAAGAUCUAAGUGGUCCUAUUGAGAUACUUAGCCACUCACAUUGUUUUUCGUCUUUGAAGCAAACGGCGAAUGACAUUGUUAAGGCGAUGAAGGUAGGUGUUGAACCAAUCCUUGUCAAUGGUGGGCUUGGAGGGGCAUACUAUUUUAGGAAUGAAAACGGUCAAAGCGUUGCAAUUGUCAAGCCUACAGAUGAAGAACCGUUUGCUCCUAACAAUCCUAAAGGCUUCAUAGGGAAAGCGCUUGGUGAGCCUGGUUUAAAGCCUUCUGUGCGGGUCGGGGAAACCGGUUUUAGAGAAGUUGCGGCUUACCUUCUUGACUAUGAUCACUUUGCUAAUGUUCCUCCUACAGCUCUUGUGAAGAUAACACACUCGAUUUUCAAUGUCAACGAUGGAGUAAACGGGAUUAAAUCUCGUGAGAAGAAGAAGCUGGUCAGCAGCAAGAUUGCUUCGUUCCAGAAGUUUGUACCUCAUGAUUUUGAUGCCAGUGAUCACGGGACUUCGAGCUUCCCUGUUUCUUCUGUGCACCGCAUUGGGAUAUUGGACAUAAGGAUUCUCAACACAGACCGGCAUGGUGGAAACCUUUUGGUGAAGAAGCUUGAUGAUGGUGGUGUUGGGAAGUUUGGUCAAGUGGAGCUUAUUCCGAUAGAUCACGGUCUUUGCUUGCCAGAAACACUCGAAGAUCCUUACUUCGAAUGGAUACAUUGGCCUCAGGCUUCGAUACCUUUCUCUGAGGAAGAGCUUGAUUACAUACAACGUCUUGAUCCAGUGAAAGACUGUGAGAUGCUGCGAAGAGAGCUCCCAAUGUUUCGAGAGGCUUGUCUCAGAGUCCUAGUUCUGUGUACUGUUUUCCUUAAAGAAGCGGCUGCUUAUGGACUCUGUCUUGCAGAGAUUGGUGAGAUGAUGACUCGGGAAUUCCGUGCAGGAGAAGAAGAGCCAAGCGAACUAGAAACGGUGUGUAUUGAAGCUAAGAGAUUAAUGGCUGAGCAAGAUGUUUUAUCUCCCAAGUCAGAUGUAGAAGGAGAGACAGAGUUUCAGUUUGAUGUAGACUAUAGUGACCUCGAAUCAGUUUAUAGCUUUGAGACGCUGACCGAUGAGUCGUUUGCCAGAAACCCAUUUUCAAAUGGACUUUCUUCACUUGGAAACCUCGAAGAGAGCAUCGCAGAAGAAGAAGAAGAAAAAGAAAUCUAUGAAGGUGCAAGACUUACUCUAUCUCUCUCAAAGCCUUCAACAUCAACGAAGAGCAACAACAUGGGAUCUGACUACUCGAAACCUUCAAGAGACAAAACCGAGAAAACAUUGUCAAGACACAAGAGCGCGAACGUGCAGCUUCCGGUUAGUGCAAGGUUUGUAAAGUUAGCAGACAUGAACGAAGUCGAGUGGGUUGUGUUCCUGGAGAGGUUUCAGGAGUUGCUUGACUCGGCUUUUGCAGAACGUAAGACCAUGACGUUGAGCAUUAGACAGAGACUUGGUACCUCGUGCCAGUUUUGAAAACAAGUUGUCCACGUAAUACAAGACAAGCGUUCUUUUGUUUUGUUCAUGUUUUAAAACUAGUGUUAACCUUUUUUUUUGUAGUUCCGCAAUUUUUCUCUGUGAGUUUUUAAUUUUAAGUGUGUUUACUAUGUUGCGAAAUAAUAAUUUUGUUUAUAAA